AUGGAUCUACACCGUACAGCCUAUAAAGCAUCACCCGGGCCCGCAGGGUGAGCAAUUGGCAAGAGGAGGAAAGCUAGAAAGCAAACAUGUUCCGAAAUAGCCUCCUAAGGGCGAUACCGCGUCCCUCCGAGCUCCUCCGCAGCCCAACUACGCGCCGCUACGCAACAGAGCCCCUCGCAUCCUCGCAAUCGCGCAUCGAGCGCUUUAACCGCCGACUCCCCAAAUUCCUCCACAAGUACACCAAUGCUCUUGGACAUGCACCCGUCACACACAUAACAUCCUUCCUCAUCCUCCACGAACUCACGGCUGUAAUCCCUCUCUUCGGCCUCGCGGGCUACUUCCACUACACACACUGGCUGCCCCCAUGGUUCGCAGAGGGCGCAUGGAUUGCAUCCGGAGUAGAGCGCUUUGGACGGUACUUUAAGCGCAAGGGCUGGAUACGCAGCGACGAGGCGCUCGAAGCGGAGCGCGAGGUCAGCGAUAUCCAGAACGAUGGGAAACAGAGGUCGUGGAUGAAGAAGCAAGGCUGGCUUUCUGGGUCCGACGACGAUGGCAUUGGGAGUGAGACGAAGAGGAUUAGGAAGGUGGAUCAGGCAUGGAAUAUUAGUGAGGGGGGCGUUAGGCUGGUUGUUGAGUUUGCGACGGCGUAUGCGAUUGUUAAGAUGUUCUUGAUUCCGAGGAUCGUGUUUAGUGUUUGGGCGACACCGGCUUUUGCCAGGUGGACGGUCGCUCCGGUCCUGAAUCGGUUUCGCGCUGUAUUUGGGAGGAAGGUGAAGAAGGGAAGUGGUGCGUCAGGAGCGGGGACUGGUGCUGUUGAGGGAGGUGCUCUGCCAAAGAGUGGUACUGGAAAAGGUACAUGAAAUCGGCAUACAGAUAGGUAGGUAAGGUAUAGGAUCAUUUACAUGUGUUU